AUGGCCAGGAUCACUGUUAUUUUUAUUCUCAUCCUUUGCGCAGCCACACAGCAGGGAAGGGGAAAUGAAAUUACAGAAAAAGGCCUGUCUUUGCUAGGCUAUCAUCUGUGCAACUAUAGCCUGACCACGAAUGUGUUUAAAAUGGUUGCCUAUCAAAAGUCUUACGAGAAAAACACUUCCUGUGGAGGAUGGAUUCCAUGGAUGAUUUGUCCCCGAACAUACUAUAAAACACACUAUCACACUGUCAAAGUCCCCGAGACCCUGAAUAUUACAGAUUGCUGUGAAGGAUAUGAACAAGUUGGACUCUACUGCUCUUUGGCACUCAAUAGAUCCAGUGUAUUUGCCUCAAGACCUGGUGUUUGUCCAACGGAGAAUAUGGAAACAUCUGAUUAUCCUUGCACGUUUGAUACUGAAUGUCCAGGGCUUAAAAAAUGCUGCAGCUCAUCCAAAGGAGAAGGCUGUGUGGAUCCAGUGCCAGAGGAAGAAAUGUUCUGGUACAAUGUGACAGUGCUUGUUAAAAUGGAUUUUAGUGAAUUAAUCAGAGUGGAUCCCCACCUUUUGAAUCAUUCACGCCUGUUACACUCCAUGAUUACUGGAGCAUUACAACCCUUGAGUGCCUCUGUGUAUCAUAUCCAGAGUAACCAUGCAGAAAUAUAUUCGGGGACAGUGGCCUCUCAGGUUCUCAUUGGAUUGCAUCAACCAGCUCCACUAGUGGAUGUGUCCUCUUCCUUGAAGGACAUCGUGAAGCGUGUGUAUGAAGUGAUUGACACACAUGUGCAAGAUGUCAAUGAAUGUUCCUAUGCCGUAUUCAAUGCUUGUCCUAAGAGAGACACCUGCAUAAAUCUGGAGGGUUAUUACAGCUGCAACCCUGGGCAUGAACAUGCUGAUGUCAGUCCUCAACAGAGGGAAGCAAGAAAGGAAGGCAUAGUAACAUCUAUUCCAAGUGCAGCGUUGGAUACCAUUAACACUAGCAAUAGCUCUCAGUCAAUAAGUAAUUCAACUCCCUUGUCCAUGACUAACCAAUCUGCUGAGGCUGGAUGCUAUCCUCCUCCAAUUAUAAACCACCGAAUCUUCAGCGUUACCAGCAAUAAUUUUGAAAUGUCUUGGCACAUCCCUUCCACUCUGAACCAUACUUUCCAAGUCCAAGUAUUCAAGGACAAGGAGAUCGUGCAAAACCUGAAGACAGAAGAAAUGAAAAUGGAUGUGUCUGGACUGGAGGCAGGUGUGAUGUACUCAGUAGAAAUCAGCUAUGAAACAUGUGGAAAGAAAAGCAUUUCCCAACAAAAUGUUAAAACAGAGGCCAAGAUAUUUGGAGUCACUGUGAGGAUCCUGAACUACAACUUAACAGAAGAUUUAUAUGAUACCAAUAGUUCAGCAUAUCAAGAAUUUUCAAGUCUGUUGUUUACAGAGAUUGGAAAUUCACUUCCACCCAGCAUUUCUGCCUUAUACAACUCUGGGAAGCUGAAAGUGCAGAUUGAAUCUCUGCAGGCUGGAAGUAUCAUUGUGAGGCUCAGAAUCACUGUACAGGAUCCUGAAUUUUCCAUCGAUGCCUCAACAUUUGCCCCAAUGCUUUCUUACCUAUACAAUGGUUCUAGGAUUUUGGUGGAUCAACAAAACACUGUAGUAGAAGACUGGGAUGAAUGUGCUUCUCCAUCUGAGAAUGACUGCUCCGUAUUUGCAGAAUGCAUCAAUUUGAUGGGUUCGUACAUGUGUCGAUGCAAGACAACCAUGGACACUAAUCCAUCCCGACCUGGAAGAAAAUGUGAAGGUGAAAUUGUGAACCCCCUUACUGAAACAAUGGCUCCCGGGGUAAGAGGCACCACAGAGAUGGCUCCUGACGUGAGCACUGCAGGCUCUGCUUCCCCAGCCCUUGCCAAGAUGGAGGCUGUAGCUGCCGUAGGCUCCGGGAUGAGCACUACUGUCCGCGUCCCUGCUGUACUGCCCCUGACUAUUCAGAAACUUAAUGGAGUGGUGCGGAUAACAAAUGUGAAAUACUCUCGGGGCUUUGGUAACACAAGCAGCAAGGAAUAUCAAAACUUUGCACGUCUCUUUGUUGAUGAAGUACAUAAAUCUCUGCCCCCUGAGCUCCUUCUGAAAAUGGAUGCCGGUCUGAUUAAAGUGUUGAUAACUGGUAUUACUAAUGGGAGCACAGUGGUAAGUUUCCAGGUACUGAUUGCAGAAGAUGUGGAUGUCUACUACAUCAUCACAGCCUUUCACGAUGCCUUUGAACACAGCUCCUAUUUCACAGUUGACAAGAGUGAUCUCUCCAUAAAUGAUUAUGAUGAAUGCACCAGGGAAGAAGAUGACUGCUCCCCAGAUGCGUCAUGUCAUAACACACUUGGGUUUUAUGAGUGUAGCUGCAAUGAAGGAUUUGCUGAUGUGCAUCCAGAAAAGCCUGGAAGAAACUGUGAAGCCCUUCCUGUCCUCCAGGAAGCAACAGUGAUAGAUAAGAAACCUGUACACAACAUGGUUUUACCUGUGCCAUCUCCAGAGACUUUGGCUCAUGUUUCAUCCCCUGCUGCAUUGGACUCCACUACGAGGCAUAAGGCUCUGGACAACAUCACCCUCUCCAGUGUGGUGCUGCCUCCUUACACCACAGAUCCAAUGUCAACUAAUGACUUUUUUACUGAAACAUCUCCUGUGCCCCUUGUUAAACCUGCCCGGGAGGUUUCCAUUAAAGAUGCAGUGAGGGUGUCCUGUGAAAUCGAGAAGAUAAUCCUUACCAUCCAGAAGAGAUUUUUACAGCAGGAGUCUAUCCCUGAAUCCUCCCUGUACCUGGGGGAGCCUCGCUGCAAUGUGAGCGUCAGCAACGGCACUCACGUUGUGCUGCAGGCAGCCUGGGGCGACUGCGGCAUCGAGGUCCAGACGAAUGUGACUAAUACUGUAGCGAAAACAGUGCUUCGGAAUGACAUUUCUGCUCAGGGAGUAGUCCACCACUUAAAAGUUGCCAGUCCGAUUCACUGUGUGUUUCAGAAUGAUCUCUUGGCUUCAUCUGGAUACAUCGCAGAAGGAAUUUACACCAUUUUUGAGGAUUUGCAUGGAUCUGGACGCUUCAGAACAGAAAUGCAGUUAUUCAUUGGAAACUCCCCAAUACCUAAAAAUUUCAGUGUCUCUGCCAGUGACGAUGUACUGAUUGAAGUGGGCAUCCAAAGAGAGAACACCAAGCUCAAGGUGGUGCUCACUGACUGCUGGGCAACUCCUACUAAUAAUUCAGUGGAUCCUUUCUCAUUCACUUUUAUAAACAACAGCUGUCCCAUCCCAAACACGUACACUACACUGCUAGAGAACGGGAAUUCAAGUAAAGCACAGUUUAAGAUGAAAAUUUUUUCUUUCGUUAACAAUUCUGUGGUUUAUCUGCACUGCAAAGUUCGUAUUUGUAUGGAGACACCAGAAAGUACCUGCAGGAUGAGAUGCCAUGGUGUUCGAUCCCUGAAGACUGGUGAAACCAUUGCUACACACAGGACAUCCUGGGGACCCCUAUGUAAAUCUGCAGCAUCUGAUUCAAAGAGAGAGGAGAAGGCCGGACUAGCAGUUGGAUACAUCAUCCUUAUUGUCAUUGCUGCGUUUGUUUUUGUGCUGGGAGUUGCAGGUCUUUUCAUUUGCCGGUACCAGCAAAAGACAGGAAGAUACAAUUUCAGAAUCAAGUCUGACAAUUUCAGCUACCAAGUGUUCUAUGAUUAGCUGUUUUCAAGUUAUCAGAUAUGGAUCAUGUCUCCUCCCAAAGAGAACAGCAGCUUGUCUCCACUCAGCAUUUGGCUUCUAUUAUUCUUC